AUGUUGCCGUGUUGGAUUCCCCAUUAUGGCCCACUUAAUUACCAGCUCUGGCUGGGUCGCCACAACCUGUUUGAGAAUGAAGACACAGCACAGUUCGUCCAGGUCAGUAAGAGCUUCCCACACCCUCAGUUUAACUUGAGCCUCCUGAAGAACCACACCACCUAUCCAGAAGAAGACUACACCUACGACAUCAUGCUGCUCCACCUGGCAGAGCCCGCCCAGAUAACAGAUACUGUGAAGGUCCUGGACCUUCCCACCCAGGAACCCCCACUGGGGAGCACCUGCUAUGCCUCCAGCUGGGGCAACAUCAAAGUAGAUCCAUUUGUAUAUGAGUACCCACAUGAGCUCCAGUGUGUGGACCUCAAGCUCCUGCCCAACGAUGUGUGUGCCAAAGCCCACACCGAGGUGACAGACGUCAUGCUGUGUGCUGGAUUGCAGGGUGGCAAGGACACCUGUACGGGUGACUCAGGGGGCCCGCUGAUCUGUGAUGGUGUGCUUCAGGGAAUCACAUCUUGGGGAUACACCCCGUGUGCCCGACCCAAUAAGCCCGGCAUCUUCACCAAACUUAUGUCCUUCCUGGACUGGAUCGAGGAGACCAUGGCAGCCAACCCCUGA